UCCGCGCUGGUUCUGCGUUCCACGUGCGGUCCACUGUUUCCUCACUGGAGAAGGGUCGGUUUUCCGCUCGGAGGGACGAUGGCUGAGGUGGAGGUGAACGGCGGUAACGCGUCACUGUCCGCGUCCACUCAGAGCUCCAACCCUUUGUCUAGGAAACUCAACAAAAUCCUUGAGACCCGGCUGGAUAAUGACAAGGAAAUGCUGGAAGCCCUUAAAGCUCUCUCGUCUUUCUUUUCCGAAAACAGUUUGAGGAGCCGCAGAAACCUGCGAGGUGACAUAGAACGGCGGAGCUUAUCCAUAAAUGAAGAAUUUGUGGCCAUAUUUAAAAACGUUAAAGUGGAGCUUGAAAGUAUAAAUGAAGAUGUUCAGGCGAUGAGCAACUGCUGCGAGGACAUGACCAGUCGUCUGAAGGCAGCUAAAGAACAGACCCAGGAUUUAAUUGGGAAGACAACCAAACUUCAAGCAGAAAACCAACGAUUAGAAAUUCGAGCCCAGGUUGCAAAUGCUUUCUUAGAAAAGUUUCAACUUACUUCUGAUGAAAUGCAUAUACUUCGAGGAACUCAUGAAGGACCCUUAACAGAGGAUUUUUUCAAGGUACUGACAAAAGUUAAGCAAAUUCACAACGAUGUAAAACUGCUUCUGCGAACAAACCAGCAAACUGCCGGGCUGGAAAUUAUGGAGCAGAUGGCUUUACUCCAAGAAACGUCAUAUGAGCGUUUGUAUCGUUGGGCACAAAAUGAAUGCAGAAUGUUGACCCAGGAAUCGUGCGACAUUUCUCCUAUCCUGUCUCAGGCCAUGGAUGCUUUGCAAGAUAGACCUGUCCUGUACAAAUAUACAUUGGAUGAAUUUGGAACAGCGAGGAGGAGUGCGGUAGUGCGUGGCUUCAUCGAUGCACUCACUAGAGGAGGGCCUGGCGGUACCCCACGUCCCAUUGAAAUGCACUCUCAUGACCCGUUAAGAUAUGUCGGGGAUAUGCUGGCCUGGCUGCACCAAGCAACUGCAUCAGAGAAAGAGCAUCUGGAGUCUUUGUUAAAGCUCGUAAACAUCCAAGGGGUUGAAGACCAUAUCCAGGAGGUGGUAGGACACAUCACUGAAGGAGUCUGCAGACCAUUAAAGGUCCGUAUUGAGCAAGUUAUCAUUGCCGAGCCUGGUGCCGUACUAUUGUACAAAAUCUCUAAUCUACUGAAGUUCUACCACCACACAAUAAGUGCUAUCGUUGGCACGAGUGGAUCGGCACUGCUGACAACUAUCGAAGAAAUGCACUUGCUAAGUAAAAAGAUAUUCUUCAACAGUCUGACUUUACAUGCAAGUAAACUCUUGGACAAGGUGGAGAUGCCUCCUGCAGAUCUUGGUCCAAGUUCUGCAUUAAACCAGACCCUUGCUCUUCUGCGUGAAGUUCUCGUCUCUCAUGACUCUUCAGUUGGUCCCCUCGAUGCCAGACAAGCUGACUUUGUGCAGGUCCUGUCCUGUGUCCUGGAUCCAUUGCUACAGAUGUGUACGGUCUCUGCCAGUAAUUUAGGCACAGCUGACAUGGCCACAUACAUGGUCAAUUGUCUGUAUGUGAUGAAGACUACGUUGGCUCUUUUUGACUUCACAGAUGAGCGCCUUGAGAUUCUGCAAUUCCAGAUUGAUGCUCAUUUGGACACUCUAAUUAAUGAACAAGCCUCUUAUGUGUUGACCAGAGCCGGAUUAAGUCAAAUAUACAGUUGUCUGCAGCAACACAAGCCAGAGCAGGGACCACUGUCAAACCUGCCUAGUAUGGAUGCAGUUUCACUGAAGGCGGCAAUGGUUCAGUUUGACCGGUAUCUGGCAACUCCAGACAAUCUGCAAAUGCCACAGCUGAACUUCUUCCUAAGUGCCGCAGUGAAAGAACAGAUAAUUAAGCAGUCCACUGAGCUAGUCUGCAGAGCUUACAAGGAACUGUACGACGCGGUCAUGGAUCCUGUUAACAGUUACAGGGAACCCACAAGCAUCCUCCAGAGAUCUCCACAGCAAGUGCAGACCCUUCUUUCCUAAAUAUUGCCUCAUGAUGUAUAGUGUAUGACUUUAAUAAAAACGAGAUG